AUGACAUCCUUCCCUUAUCUCUUCUUGCCCUUUGUCGGCUCCAAGAUCCAGGCCAGUCUCUGCACUGGUAAUAGCGAGGACUGCUGGCGUUGGGGAUACGGCAUGUUCUGCAUCAUUGCGCCGGCUCUCGUGACGCCCAUUAUUCUCACCCUCACCUGCGCCGACCACCGCCCGAAGAAGGCCGGCGAACUGUCCUUUGCAUCUAGUCGACUUGAGACUCGCCGUGCCGUUGAAGCCGGUAUGAUGAGGAUCAAGCGUGACAGCGUGAAGGACCGAUUCAGUGUGUUUUGGAGACUGCUGGACGAAAUCGAUAUCAUCGGCCUCAUGCUCCUGGGUCUUGCCUUUGCCCUUAUUUCACUCCCAUUCAGUCUUGCCAGGGAUGCAGACGGUGGAUGGUCAAAUCCAUCUAUGAUUGCCAUGAUCGUCUGCGGCUUCGUGGUCCUCGCCUUCUUCAUCAUCUGGGACGUCAAGCUCGCUCAUUUCCCGCUCUUGAACAGACGUGUCUGGCACAACAAGACCUUCGUCUGCGCCAUUACCAUCGACAUCUUCUACAUGAUCAGCGGAAACGUGCGCUCAACCUACUACACAACCUGGGUCUACGUGAUAAAGCCUUGGAGCAACUACGACUGGGGCAACUUCGUCGCCAUCACAACUGUAGCACUCACUCUCUUCGGUAUCCUGGCCGGAUUAUACCACCGGGCCUUCCAUCGGUACAAGAUCCUACAAGUCUUCGGCCUGUCCCUUCGCAUCCUCGCGUUGGGAAUAACCUAUUGGGCCGUAGGAUCACACGCCAACACCGCGGCACUAGUGAUGUCUCAGAUCCUGAACGCAAUGGGCGGCGCCUGCUCCGUCGUCGGCACCCGCGUCGCCUCCCAGGCAUCUGUUCCACACCAAGACCUCGCAGCAAUCAUCUCCCAACUCUCCCUCUGGACGAAACUAGGGUCGUCUGAAGCCGCCGUAUUCUACGCGAGUGGCACCAAGGCACGCACGCGGUAUGCAUGGGGCACGCCGCAGCGCGAGGCGGGUAUUCGUGCCUUUACUAAUACCAUUCGGCCCAUGUUUCUGGCUGCGCUUUGCCUGGCUGUUAUUCCGUUGUUUAGCAGUUUGCUUAUGCCGAAUUAUUAUCUGGGGAAGACGCAGAAUGUUGUUGAUGGGACGACCAAUGGGGGUGUUGUGCAGGACGAGGUGAGGGAGAGGGAUCCUCGGGAUUCUAACAGGAAUUGA